CUUCUAUUGGAAGAAGAGGCAGGACACCACAGUUUGCAAGACCAUCUGCACCUCCGAGAACAGAGAGGAUGGCUGUUGAUCAGGACUGGAGCAGUGUUUAUCCAACAGCAGCUGCCUUUAAACCUUCUUCUGUGCCUCUCCCAAUCCGAAUGGGUUACCCAGUGAAGAGAGGAGUACCUCCACCAAAAGAAGGCAACUUAGAACUUAUUAAGAUUCCCAAUUUUUUGCAUCUUACUCCUCCUGCAAUUAAGAAACACUGCGCAGCUCUUAAAGAUUUCUGCACUGAAUGGCCAAGUGCUCUGGACAGUGAUGAGAAAUGUGAACAGCAUUUUCCUGUUGAAAUUGAAACAGUAGAUUAUGUUUCUGCAGGGACAUCUAUUCGUAAUCCCAAAGCAAGAGUGGUGACUUUAAGAGUUAAACUCUCUAACCUGAAUUUGGAUGACCAUGCAAAGAAGAAGCUCAUUAAACUUGUAGGAGAGCGGUACUGUCCGGAGACAGACGUGCUCACGAUUACAACAGACAGGUGUCCCUUAAGAAGACAGAACUAUGACUAUGGCAUACACCUGCUCACAGUUCUGUACCAUGAGUCCUGGAAAACAGAGAUGUGGGAGAGUGAGAAGACUGAGGAGGACAUGGAGGAGUAUAUUUGGGAAAAGAGUUGCUCUCAGAAAAAUGCCUUGGAUACACUCCGUCGAAUAAAAGCCUCAGAGAAUGUCAGUGAUGUGUCUGAGGAAGAGCUGCUUUCAUCUGAAGUGGUUAAGAAUUACAGGAACUCUGUAAUUGCACUUAAAAAUGAAGGUGAAACAGAAAGUAACAUGUCUCAGUAUAAGGAAUCCGUGAAGAAACUACUGAAUAUACAAGCAUUGCCAUAAGAGCAGAGUCUGCAGGCACACCUGAUGAUUACAGAAAUGACUAAAUUACUAUCUUGAUAUUUCUAAAUGAGAUGGAUAUGUAAUUAUUCAGAACCUUAACCAAAAAUAGGAAACUUGA